CCCUCCGCCAGGGCACAGGCAGGCCCAGCUACCAUGGCCCAUUACAAGGCUGAGCAGGAUGACUGGCUGGUUGUCUACCUGAAGUAUUUACUCUUUAUCUUCAACUUCUUCUUCUGGGUGGGGGGGGCCGCCGUCCUGGCCGUGGGUGUCUGGACGCUGGUGGAGAAGAGCGGCUACCUCAGCGUCCUGGCCUCCAGCACCUUCGCCGCCUCUGCCUACAUCCUCAUCUUCGCGGGCGCCCUUGUCAUGGUGACCGGCUUCCUGGGCUUCGGUGCCAUCAUCCGGGAGGACAGGAGCUGCCUCUCCACGUAUUUCUGCCUGUUGCUGGUGAUCUUCCUCGUGGAGCUGGUGGCGGGGGUCCUGGCCCACGUGUACUACCAGAGGCUGAGCAAUGAACUGAAGCAGCACAUGACCCGGACGCUGUCUGAGAACUAUGGGCAGCCUGGAGCCAUGGAGAUCACCACCUCAGUGGACCGUCUGCAGCAGGACUUCAAGUGCUGUGGAAGCAACAGCUCUGCCGACUGGCAGCACAGCACCUACAUCCUGUCCCGGGAGGCCGAGGGCCGCCGGGUGCCCGACAGCUGCUGCAAGACGGUGGUAGCACGCUGCGGCCAGAGGGCCCACCCCUCCAACAUCUACAAGGUGGAGGGAGGCUGCAUCACCAAACUGGAACAGUUCCUGGCCAACCACCUGCUGCUCAUGGGAGCAGUGGGCAUCGGGGUGGCCUGCCUGCAGAGACAGGAAGGAAAAUGCCUGGGGCCAGGGGGCCAACUUGAACUUGUAAGGAACAGAGACCUGAGAGGAGUGUGAGUGUGGGCUCAGACCUGCGGAAUGGUUCUCACCUGCUGCUUGCACCGGAGGCUCCAGCUGCAUGUUCACUAACGGCCCAUCCUGUCCCCCUCCAACCUCCCCCCACAAGGACAGGGGUCCAAAUCCCAUCUGCCAGACCCGGGGAGCCAGCAUAGCUCAUCUAGAAACUCGCAGAAAGUCCCCAUCCCUGGUGCCCACCCUUCAGACCCACCAAGUGCUCAAGACCACGGCUCCUGAAGUUCCCACCAGACGGGAACCCUCCACUUCUGAGUGCUCACUGCCAGCCCAGGUGGGGACUGGCCCUGCCAGGGACAGACAGGAGGCUCCCAAGGACCACGGGAAGGUGAGAGAUUUGGACUCUCUGCUCCCUCCCAGCUCCUGAAACGACAUCAAAGGACUACAGACCUUGACCCCUCUGGACCGGGCGUUCAGCGUGACCCCGACGGGUGCUGAGCAGCCCUCCUCUCGCCUCUGCCUAGGUUUGGGGGCUUUGCUCUGGCCUCCCAGAGAUGCAUCACGGUGGGCAGUUAGGGGUAUCUCUGCCCCCAGAAGGCCCAGGCCUCUGAUCUGCCCACCCCAAGGCCUUCUCACGGGAGAGGAGUGUCCCCAUGGCCUGGCUCCUUCCUGCAGGGCCUGGGAGUGGAGAGAAUGAGGUGAGGCCGCCGGGCGCUGGAUGCGGGCAGUGGUAGAUGGUGGGGCUUCGGGCAUGGAGCGAGGGGGCUGGGGGCGUAGAGAAGGCGGGGAGUUGGCCCCACCUGCAUGUGCUGCAGCAGGAGCCUGCGCCGCCUGGCCUUCUUCUCCGGGAGAGGAGCCCUGGGAGAAAGGCCCCGAGCCCCAGCCUCCAGGUGUUAUGCCCAGAUUUCAGGAUCCCCAAACCACAUCAGUGAG